UAAAAUAGAAGCUGUUUCACAACUGUUCUUUGAUAUCCAAGUCCCUAUCAUUAGACCCAUUUACGCGCCAAAGCACUUAUUAAAGAAAACCAAGAACCAUGGAACUCCAAUUCGUCACGCUCGACGUAUUCACGUCGACCCGACUGCAAGGGAACCCGCUGGCCGUCGUCACGGUCCCAGCCUCGCUCAAGGACGCGCUGCCGCACGCGACGAAGCAGAAGAUCGCGCAGGAGUUCAACCUCUCGGAGACGGUAUUCCUGCACGAGCCCCCGGAGUCGGAGUUGGGGGCCGAGAGUCCGGAGCGGCAUAUCGAUAUUUUCACCGCCGAGCGCGAGAUCCCGUUCGCCGGCCACCCGACCAUCGGCGCCGCCGUCCUCGCCAGGUACCACCUGCACCCGCGCGCGCACACGCACACGCUCGUCACCAAAGCCGGCCCCAUCGGCCUCGUGGCGCAGCCCGGGAACCGCAUCCGCGCCAAGAUCCCGCACGACACGCACCUGCACGCGCGGACGCUGGCCGAUGUGCUCGGCGCCACUGGCGCCGAGGGAGUGGGUCUCGCGCGCGACCCGGAAAUCAGGGCGGCGGAGCUCGCGGCGCCCGUGUUCAGCGUCGUCAAGGGCAUGACGUUCGUGCUGGUGCGGCUGGCGUCGCUCGAGCAGCUGGCGAAAGUAAGCACGUCGUGGCGGCUCGACUUCGACGCUGUGCCCCUCACGCGGCUGCGGGACGAGGGCCCGUGGGGGGAGGGGGGUCUCGUGAUGAGGUACUAUUACGUGGAUAUGGGUGUGGGUGUGGGAGAGGGAGAAGAGGAGGGCACGAGGGAUAUCCGCGCGAGGAUGGUGGAGCCCGGGUUCGAGGACCCGGCGACGGGGAGCGCGGCGUCGGCGCUGGCGGCGUAUCUCUCGCUGAAGGGGGAGGGGGGGGAAGAGAAGGAGAAGGAGGGUAGGAAGUUUAGGGUUACGCAGGGGGUCGAGAUGGGUAGGAAGAGCGAUAUCAGUGUUGAGACUACGACUAGGCGGGGCGCUGAUGGGAGUGUCGAGUUGGUGGAUUUGUGGCUGGGUGGGACGGCGGUUGUGGUGAUGAAGGGGAGUUUGACGGUUGAUAUUUGACGGGCUAGUCUUAGUGGUGUGUCGGUGACGUUUGCUUACUUGUUAUGCCGUGCAGGCUUUAUAUACCUGUCUAUGAAAAGUAAUGGAUUUACUCUGAGUGCUAUAUAUCACAAUAGGAGUAACCAAUUUCAGCCGUCUGUUGGGUGGUGGAUAAAGAAGAGGUAAUAGACAGGCACUGUGAAUACAUAUUAGGUAAGAUUAAAGGAGUAAGUACCUAACCUAAUCUAUGUAAAUUCUUCUAAUGUU